GUCACUGUCUAUUUGACAGGCGAAUGCUCGAGAGGGAAAAUUUGGAAAUGAAUUUUUGAAUAAUUUUAGUUUAAACUGAUUUAAUAGCAAGUUUUCUUAAAAGAUGAGUUGUUCCAAUUAUUUGUCGAUCACAGAUAUAUUAGUAUCUCAUGAAAAAGUGCCGUGCAAGUUUUUUUAUGAUUUACCAAAAAUGGGUUUUUUGGAUCCUUCAGCUGUGGAUGAUGAUUUAAAAGCUGGAACAAAUACUGAAAUUCCCUUGUGGUUAGCUGAAUCUUUACAUUCAAGAAGACCACCAUUACUUAGUGUAGAUUUGCCUAAAAUAUAUAAAGAUGCUUAUAGAGAAAUACUAAAUGCUGAUGCUUGUACAGUUGACUUAUAUAAAUUGGGUCAACAUUUCUAUGAACUAGGAUGUUAUGUUGCUAAAUAUGAUAUCAAAGGAGAUGUAACUAAUACCCUUAUAAAUGUAAGUAAUAUAAAUUAUUAAUUAAUCAUUACAUCAUUUUUGUUUUAAAUGUAACUAAACUACUACAUUGUGUUAACGUUAUUUUGUUGCAGACAUUUAAGCAAAGAUUUAGAAUGCUUCUUACAGCAAGUGCAUCCAAUGAUUCAAUAGGUAGCAUGCAACCAUUAUCAGGGAGUGAACGAAAAUUUGCAGCAGCAGCAGCAGUAACUGAAAAUGCUAUUUCAAUGUGGCUACAAAGAGGAGACUGUGCACUUAAAACAGCAAAUAUGGUUGCUAAUCAUAGAAAGAGAAAAAGAGCAGAAAUGGAAAUGUUUUGACAUAUAACUAGUGUAUAUUAUUGUGUAAUAUGAUUGUCUGCUAUGAUGGGAUGUAAUUAAAAUGUUCCUUUGUUUAUAUAUUUUUU